GGUCUGAUUUUUGUUGUAGACAGCAAUGAUAGGGAACGUGCCUCAGAAGCCCAGGAUGAACUUAAUAAAAUGCUUCAAGAGGACGAACUUCGAGAUUCAGUCUUACUAGUAUUUGCCAACAAACAGGAUUUACCUAAUGCAAUGCCAGUAUCAGAAGUUACAGAAAAAUUGGGUCUCAAUGAACUUAGGAACAAAAAGUGGUAUAUACAGAGUGCUUGUGCAACACAAGGUCAAGGUCUGUACGAAGGAUUGGACUGGCUUUCCAAUGAACUUUCACAGUAAAACACCAUACUCUGCUAUACAUUUAUUUAUUACUGUAAAACACUGAAAAAAAAAAAAGAAAGGAGAUCUGCAAAGUGAUUAGUGGGAGGCACAGAGCGUGGAUAGACUAUGCCAGUCUCUUUGCUGAGAUAUUGAAUUUUCUUUUCUUGAAAAUGUACAUAAACCUUCUUCUCAAAUUUUGCAAUUUUUGAUCUGCUUUACUGUCAUAAUUUGCAAUCAUUAUUUGUGUGAAUUUAGUUUAUACUUUGUCUUGUUACUGACAAUACUGCCAUUGUUUCACAUGGGAGGGGCAGUAGAGAAGUCUACUCUCUGCCUUCUACUGAUCUCUGAAUCUCGUUACUGAGUGAUUCACCUUGCGAGUUGGUGUCACAAGAUCUGGCAAUUCUGCCAGUCAUGCGUGUUACAAUCUCUCUUAGCUUGUUAGAUCUUAAUGCCAUUUUAGCCAAUACUACUUUUGUAAAAUGUAAACUAUGUACCAGCAAAAAGUUCUACAUUGACGUAUCAAGAACUCAUUACAAAGAGGAAGCAUUUAUGCAAGAUGCUUUUGUUGUUGAGAAGCAAUGUCUUUGUGCUGCAUUUGUGUAGAACAGUUUUUCUGAAAAAUUUGUAUGGAUCAAAUGGUUUCCAAGUGGAUAGAUAUUGCAUGAUUUUUUUUUUUAAAUUUGAAUGUUUCAGUCGACUUUAUAUUUCUUAGGACUUUUUGGUUUUCAAAGCUUUGCAGUGACUCGUGUAAGGUGGUUUCACUCUUGCUUUGAAUACAUUAGCAUCUCUUCCCUAUCUGAGGAUAUUUUAAUUGGUGCCAAGGAAUAUAUUAUGCCAUGUUCACGGAUGCUCAAUGUUGCACACUAUUCUCUCAGUGUAGUAGCGCCCUCGCUGGCAAGUUUCUCAAACUACAGAAGUACGAAUUACCAUGAAAGUGAAUAUUUUGUUGGAUCAGUCAAAUGCAUGAAAUUAAACGACUUUCAAUUCUGAGGUUGUCGUCUUUAUGUGAAAAAAGUUUAGAUUAUUCAACACUAAUUGAACCACUUGUUAAUAUGUGUGGAGAAAUCAAAUAAACGUGGCUUUGAUAUUAUCAA